UGAUAAACACACAGUUGGAACAUACUGUUGGUGAUGCUACUGCAGUAGCCACGCCCAUUGUUGCCGUUUCUAAACCGGAAACGACAGAGUGAUGUGAAGAAUCGUUCGCUUGCAGGUGCAGGGAAGAGGAAAUGUUUUUACGAUGAAUAAAAGAAAGACUAAUGUCCUGCAUGCUGAAAAGCCUGCAAAAGUCCGCAGGACAGAGGGCCAAGAGGAUGAAGAAGUAGAUGAUGAAUCAGGCUUCUAUCAGGAGCACCAUUUCUCCACCUCGAGUGCUGGGGAUAUUGGUGUUAUUGAGAGCAUCACUUUGAAGAACUUUAUGAGUCAUAAUUUGCUGGGCCCUUUUCAGUUUGGACCAAAUGUUAAUUUUAUUGUUGGAAAUAAUGGAAGUGGGAAGAGUGCUAUUCUCACUGCUCUCAUUGUUGGCCUGGGUGGUAAAGCAACUACAACCAACAGAGGAGCCUCUCUGAAGAGUUUUGUAAAAUAUGGAGAAAGCUCUGCAGAAGUCACGGUAAAAUUAAAAAACAGAGGAAGCGAUGCUUAUAAAGGUGAUGUUUAUGGGGAUUGCAUCUCCAUUGAGCAAAAGAUCAGCAGCGAUGGUUGCAGGGCAUGCAAAAUCAAGAACAAAUCUGGAUAUAUCGUGUCUGCUAAAAAGGAAGAAUUAACAGCAAUAUUGGACCAUUUCAACAUACAGGUUGACAAUCCAGUCUCAAUCUUGAAUCAGGAAAUGAGUAAACAAUUCCUCCAUUCAAAGAGUGAAGCAGAUAAGUACAAAUUUUUUAUGAAGGCCACUCUGCUGGAACAGAUGAAGCGAGACUACAUUCACAUCAAGCAAACCAAAGCUUUGACGCGGGAACAAGUGGAAAGGCAGGAGGAGUGUUUGCGAGAUCUCAAACAGUUGUUUCUACAAAAGAAAGAAAAGUAUGAAAGUCUAUCAGCGCUUGAGAAAAUGAGGCAGACUCUGGAGGAUUUAAAGAAAAAGAUGGCAUGGGCUCUGGUAGGAGAAAAGGAGAGAGAAGUGCAGCAGCUGAAGGAACAAAUUGAUAAAGAACAGAAGGAUGAGCGUAAUGAGAAUAAGCUGCUGGCCUGUCGGAGCAAAGUCACUCAUAAUGAAAAGAAAUUGCACGAUAUCCAACAAAAGCUUGGAAAAGUGAAGGAGGAGGAUGAAAGCUUAGCAGAGGAAAGUCGUAAGCUGAAAGAAAAUGCAAAGGUCAAGCGUAAACACCAGAAGAACCAGGAAAUGGUGUACUUUCGUGCUGAGAACAAAUUAAAACAAUUUGAAAAAGAGCAAGGCCUUCUCCGGGAGAGAAUUAAUAGAAUAAAAAACAGGAAUUAUGAAGCAGAGCAGACACAGCGGACGAAGAAAAUCUCUGCCCUUAAGAGUCAGCUGGGAAAAUAUGAGGACGAAUCUACAACCCUUAAUCAAGGAAUCAUGGAGAAACAGCAGUCCCUUUUCAAAGGAAGAGAAGAAUAUGACAGACUAAGCAUGGAGCAAAGAAACAUCCAGGUCUCUCUGGAGUCCAAACUGAAGAGAAAGAACCAGCUCACAGCCAGCAAAUCUAACAGAAUGAGACUAUUUGGUGAUCAUAUGCCAGACUUAUUGGGGUCAAUUGACAGAGCACAUACUCAAGGACGCUUCAUUAAGAAACCUGUGGGACCAAUAGGUGCAUGUAUCAGACUUCGCGAUCAAAGUUUAGCUGUGGCUGUGGAAAGUUGCUUACGGAGUUUCAUGAAAACAUUUUGCUGUGACAAUUACAAGGAUGAAAGGGUUUUACAGGGGCUGAUGUCUCAGCAUUUUCCUAGAGGCAUCAGACCCCAGAUUGUGGUGUGUGCUUUUACAGAACAUGUUUACAACAUUCAAGGCCGAGGUGUACACCACCCAGAGUUUCCAUCGGUUUUGGACACUCUGAUCAUUGACAAUCCGGUGAUCACUAAUUGUUUGAUAGACAUGCGGAGUAUUGAAUGUAUUCUUAUCAUCAGAGAGAAUGCUGUUGCCAGAAGAGUCAUGCAAAUGCAGAAACCACCUAAAAAUUGUCGUGAGGCCUUCACUGCUGAAGGUGAUCAGGUUUAUUUCAAUCGUUAUUACACCCCCGACAAAGAAUUCGUGGCUAAGUACCUCACCGGGGAUCCAGAGGCAGAAAUUCGUCUGGUGCAGUCAGAGGUGGAAAAUCAUCAGGCACAGCUAUGCAGAUUUCAGGUUCACUUAAACUCUGUAAGGCAGGACAUUCAGUCCAUGGAGGAGAGGCUGCGCAGUUCCAAAGUACUAUGCAGAAAAAAUCAGGAAGAUAUAAAUAAGGUUAAAGCAUCAAUAGUUGAGCUUGAGAAUGUUGAGGAGACCCAGACUGAGGAUGUCAGUUUACUGGAAGAAGAGUGUCUGGAAAAUGAGCAGAAAAUUGAACUUGAGAAAAAAAAUGUAAAAGAAGCUAAAAGUGAACUGGACAAGCAUAGUAAGGCAAUCAUAGACCUUGAUCGACUAUACAAAGAUGUUGAAAACAAAAGGGAGCAACACUCUGAUGAAGCGGAGCAACUGAAGGAGGAGCAGGGGAGAGCUGAGACUGAACGCAAUAAACUUGAGCAGACCCUCAAGAUUUUGGAAGGAAAGCUCCAGGCACAUCAGGACAAUAUAAAUGCCAUGAGAGAGAACCUCACCAGCAGAGAAAAGGAAAAACAGGACUUUGAAGAAAAAGCCAAAAAAAUCUGCCCUAUUUCACAACAGCCAGAUCAGAGUGCAAAGAGCAUUGACACAGAGAUCAUACGUCUGCGCCAGAAAAUCAGCUCUCAGGAGAGCACCCAUGGCAAUCAGGAGCAAGUGAUCAGGGAGUAUGCUGAGGCUCAUAGUAAUUAUAAAAACAAAUCCAGUCAGUUGAGAGAUCUGAAGAAAUUUAUUGAUCGUCUGGACAACAUCAUGACUGACAGGCAGGCUCGAUACAAAACCCUGAGAAGAUCCCUCUCAGUGAGAUGCAAGUUAUACUUCAACAAUUUCCUCAUAAAGCUGCACUGCUGUGGGUCCAUGAUGUUUGAUCACAACAAUGAAACACUUUCCAUUUCGGUGAAACCACCAGGUCGUGAGAAUGACAAUGUGAAUGACAUGCGUUCUCUGUCUGGUGGUGAGCGCUCCUUCUCCACAGUUUGCUUCAUUCUGUCCCUUUGGGAGAUCACAGAAUCUCCCUUUAGAUGCCUGGAUGAGUUUGAUGUCUACAUGGACAUGCACAACCGUCGGAUCUCACUGGACUUGCUUCUUGAGCUAUCCGAGCGUCAGCAUCUGCGGCAGUUUAUCUUCAUCACACCACUGACCACCAGCCACCUGCCUCAGAGUUCUCAUAUUAAAAUCCAUCAGCUGCAAGAUCCAGAGAGAGAAACAGAGGCGGCUGAUUUGGUGUAGAAUUGAGAAUGCACUUUAUACUUUAUACAUUUUAAAUGUUUUUGUAUUGUAUUUUAUUUAUACGUUUUUAUGUACUUCAGCCAUUUUACAGAAAAGCUUUGUUAAAAGCUAAAAAACAAAUGUCAUAAAACAUAACUAAACCA